AUGAGCUCUUCAGUAUCCAACUAUAUGUUAGAUGAUGAUGAUACAUAUUCUGUGCGUGAGGAACCCGAUGAAUCACUUAUAUAUGUUAAGUAUGCACAUGACUCUUCAACAGAAAACAUGCUUGGCCAUCUUUGGUCUAAGCAUCGAAUCGAUAAAGACCACUCUGAAAAAACAACUACUGAUAGUCCAAUUAUAAAAGCCAUGCAUGUCAUCAAUAAACGAAGACAAGAAAAAAUAGUACAACUGUUGGUUGAAUUUAUUAUUGACGAUUGCCAACCUCUUCAUAUUUUACGUAAUCAAGAUUUUUGUCGACUUUUAAACUAUAUGGAAAUGGGGUUUCGUAUUUCUUGUGAACAACA